AGUUUCAUAUUAGGGUUACCGUACAGUUGCAGAUUGACCCGUCAGUUGUAAACUUGCCGUCAUCGUUAGUGAGAGUUCGCAUCGUUUUGGCUCUUAAGCUCGUACUUACCGGAAUAGUUGAGCACGUGCUUCGUUUCGCAACACGCUAGAGUGAAAUCUAUGACUAAGUGAAAUAUUAAAGUGACUAGUGGAAAUUUUAAGUGUUAAAAUGGCAAAGAGAAAGCAACAUAAUCGUUGUUUAACUAUCGGUAUGAUCUACAUUGUUACCAUUAUUAACCAAGCCAUGACUGAUGACCCCCGAUUUGCAGAGCCAAUUCCCAAUGUAACAGUGGCUUUAGGUAGAGAUGCCAGUUUGCCCUGCAUAGUGGAAAAUCUCGGAACAUACAAGGUGGCUUGGAUACACAUAGAUCGUCAAAUGAUAUUAACUAUCCACAGACAUGUGAUAUCUAGGGUAGCAAGAUUCAGCGUAUCCCAUGACAAUGCAAAAACGUGGUUAUUACAUGUCAAUAGCGUCCAAAAAGAGGACAGGGGAUACUAUAUGUGUCAGGUGAAUACAAAUCCGAUGAUAAGUCAAGUUGGGUAUCUGCAAGUUGUAGUUCCACCAAACAUAAUUGAUACUGAGAGCACUCAAUCAACUGUGGCAGUCCGAGAAAAUCAGAAUAUUAGUUUGACGUGUAAAGCGGACGGAUUUCCUACGCCAAAAAUCAUGUGGCGGAGAGAGGAUGGCCAAGCAAUUUCCGUGGAAAGGAGAAAGAAAGUGAACGUGUACGAAGGAGACCAACUAAAUCUCACCCGCAUCAGCCGUACAGAAAUGGGUGCCUAUCUUUGCAUAGCCACAAAUGGGGUUCCUCCGUCUGUUAGCAAACGAAUCAUCGUAGACGUUGAAUUUUCUCCGAUGAUUUGGGUCCCAAAUCAGUUAGUAGGAGCUCCUGCUGGUACAGACGUUACAAUCGACUGCCACACUGAAGCAUAUCCCAGAGCCAUUAGCUAUUGGGUGUACGAGAACGUCAUGCUCCUUCCUACUAAGAAGUAUGGAACUGAAACGAUGGAAAACAGCUACCGGGCGCACAUGAAAUUGACGGUGCGAAACCUACAGGAAGGAGACUUUGGCAACUAUCGAUGCAUCUCCAAGAAUUCUCUAGGGGAGACUGAAGGAUCCAUCCGUCUAUACGAAAUACCAAUGCCAUCGACACCCCCCAGGGCAACUGAAAUGAAAAGUAAUUCAAACAAAGAAAACAGUGGAAAGCGCAACACAAGUAGAAGCUCCAAUCAGCAAGAUCGCUCGAAAGUAGUAAUGGUAUCUUCUUCGGAGAAAGAUGCUGUUCAAUCUGGUCCAGCAUAUGAUUCAGGCGUAGGAUUUUAUACCCCUUCAACUCCUCAGAAUUCAGCAUGUGUCAGCAUAGCAAGGUGGGCAGCGCCACAAAUUGCAGCUGUGAUUCUUCACUGUUUUUUGUCGGGUACGUUUUCCCUCUCUCAAAAUUAAUGUACCAUAUCAAGUAAUCCUAUCUAGAAACAAACAAGAUUACAUUUCGCCUCUCAGCUUUUGUGUUGUUAGACCUCGUUUUUCAACAUUAUUGUGACUUUUAACUCUUGAGGGUGUCAGGUUUUAGUGAAAUUGUUUAUUAAACAAUAGCAAGUGAAUUCAUGUUCUACAAUUUUAAUCAAAUUAGUGUUUUAUUUAUCAAGAAUCCAGCGAUCAAUAGAUUAUAAAGAGAAAGAGAGAUGUCUUAAAUAUUUUCUGUAAAAUAUUCACAUUUAGAUAAGAAUAAUCCACUAUAGUAUCUUUGUUCAUAAAAUAUCCCUCGACGCUUCGAAUUCGUUAUACUGAUGCCUACAAAACUCCGAUGUCGUUUGAUGUUACUAAUAAUGGAUAUAAUAAAAAAUAAUUUGCAAAUCGCCAUGCCAAAGAAGCCUCUAAUAACGCUUCAUAAAUUCUAGUUCAGUUAUAUAUUGAUCUCAAGACCAAUUAAAAAACUUUAUUCAAGAUUUUCGGCCCUUUAUAUUGCACUGCACCAACAUUGUCAAAGCACGUUAAACUGAAAUAUGUAUAUAGAUCCAUAAAUACAUGAGUCUAUUAGUAUAAAGUACAAAAGAUGUCCGUACGUAAUGCUUUCAAAUAGAUGUCCAAAAGAUUAGAAGUAUUUCUAUUUUCUAAGCUUUUCUACUUGAUGAUCCUGCCUUUGUUGUUUUUGUAUUAAGUUCAGUUUUUCAUCCUCAGUUAUUUUACGGUAAAAAAUCUGAACGUGAUUUGAAACUUCAUUACAAAAAUUGAAAUAGUUGACAUUGAAACACAAUUUUUUUCAAAGAUUACACUAGAUAUUUCUCAAUAAAGAUUAUUUUACUUAGACUACUGUUUGUAUUUCAAUUCACUUCUAGUAUAACUAACCCCAAUCUAGUGUAUAUUUGAGAUGAUUUACACAAAAAUUGAGUAACUCACAACUUUUUUCAACUUUAUCAAGUUAUUUUUGGUUAGAAUACAAUAAAUUUUUGUUUAUCUAAAUAAUUCUUGAGACUUAAUGAUAUAUAAUAUGCAAUUCACUUGCUAUUGUAGUGUUGAAUCAAAAUUAUAUUUGAAAAUGUAUUCUUUUGUUUUUUGUUAUUGACGUAAGAUGUGGUUUUACUAUAAUUCUUCUUUUGUUUAUUUAUUAAUUCCAAAAACAAUGUAUACAGGUUGUUCAUUUCAUUAUGAUCAUUUUAUAAAUAUACGAUUAAGUGAUUAAUGCAAUAGUGACAUUUAAAUUUGAUUAAUCUCUCAUUGAUUUGUGGUAGUUAAAAAUCGGAGUUAAAAUGUACUUAGACGGGGAGCUGUAGGAUUAUUAAUAUUUUCAAAGAUUACAUCGGUGGGAGUAAAUUAAAAAAGAGUGUUCAGGUCACAUUAACAAUAAAUAUUAGAUUUGACAGACGAACCAGACUAUGGUGAAUAGGAUGUCAGUGGCCUCCAAAUAUUUUCGGCCUAAAACAUUGUCGCGUUUCGAUUGAUUUAUUCGUAUUUUUAUUUAUACAAACGCAUAAAAAUAUUUCACUUCCGCGAUCACAGAGCACAGUAAUAUUAUCUAUUGUUAUGAUUACUUCCACAUUCCUUUUCUAAACAUAUUGCUUGUGAAAAAAAUCUCUUAAAUGAUUGAAAAAAAAUGAUACUAAUAAUAAUUUAUGUCAGUUUUUCAAGAAAAUUAUCAUAUGACACGUAAAUCACAAAUAGAAGCCGUAAUGGUACAUUUAUCUUACAUAAUUUAGCAUUAUCAAGAAGUUCUAAGUGAGCUAAUUGUUUUCAAAGAUAAUCCUGUUAAGUGAGCAUAUUUUAAAAAUUGCAAUCUACAAAAUUGGUAAAUUGCAUAAUCCUACUCUGAUAAAUUGUUCUCUACAAACACACUUUUUUAUGAUAAUCACAAGAGAAAAAUGCCUGUUUUCCAAGUUACUGUGGAAUUUGUAAAUAAACUUUUACAUCAACAAUUCCUCUACAUUUACCACAAUUAUGGUGGGAAUAAAAACCGCGGGAUUAUGUUAAACCAUUGUUUAGGCUCUUAUACUCAAAUUGAAGGUGCUGUUUUUUUUUAAAUAUAUUCGAAGAAUGAUAACAAAUGUUUUUUCGCUCGUUGUAAAUAUUUAUCUUCAGUCAAAGCCUAACGAAUAUUUUUUUUAUAUUUCGUUUAAUGGCAACCUGUAUACCAUUUUCAUAUCAUUUAAUGAAUUCAUUUGGAGGCUCAUUGUUGUUUUUGUACAUAAUUUUAAUUAGAUAUUAAUUAUUUAAGUUGGAUCUCGUUGUCAUUGUCGAUAUUUUAUAUAUCAAUUUUAUAAUAUAAAUUUUCAAAUAGAGAAAAUUUCGAAAACCUUGAAUAAAAUACAAUGAAAAAGUGUGAUAAUAUUAUGUGGGAAUAGUUGAAAUUGUGAUUAACACAAGAGUUUUCUAUUGUAUGAAGAAGUUGUGAUUUGUAUAUUAUUGCUUAGAUAAUUAAUAAAGUA